CUCCUCUAUCAUGUGUCGUUAUCGAUUGACGGCGAGGAUUCACAAGGCAUUAGUACAGUAUGGAAAUUUGAUGACCCUUAUGGCGCUAUGGUCGCUGAAAUAUCUGCUGACCACAUCCGUUGGGCUGUCCAAAGUAGAUCGUCUGGUUCAGAGGCACCGUGGCACGUCACGGUGCUCGAAGACAAGGCCUUCAAGGACGAUACAAGGCAGUAUAAAACGGUCAUACCAAGUGAAUUUGCCAAUGAAAUCGAAGUUCGUUUAUGCGUUUCGUGGCGUUCCAAUGUGAUCGUAUCACGCACCGUACGUCAGUCAAUAAUUGGGAUCGGUGGUCGCCCACACGCUCCAAAGCUGAUCGCACAACUGCAGAUCUCGUCGAACAGCUACGUGAUUUGCUGGAAUAGUCCCUUGCCACGUCUAUACAAAGUAUCGUUGUAUUCGCUGGACGGAAAACAAAUUUCCAGUGAUGAAACUACAAAUCAAUGUUAUUUGUUCACGAACAUUCCCACAGAAAACUGCUGUCGUGCUAAUAUUGGCUAUGCAACAUUCACUGAACCGUCCAUCGAUGUCGCAGUUAAACUUGAACUUGCAAAUACAAAUGAAGUGACGUUAGAGAGUCCUCCUCAGUUGGUGUUCACGAACGGAACUGCAAUUAUGAAAUUAUACGAUGUAGACGAUUAUGUGGUCCUAACCGACCCAAAGACAAUCGCCUACGACCCCGGUCCUGGAAGAACCAUUACAGGUACAGUGCUCAUCGUUGCUGCUAUUGCAGAGCUAUAG